AGACAGCAGUAAAAUUUGGCUAUGAUCACUUUUGGCAUCUGUUAUGUUCUGAGACCCCUUACUGUCAUUUUACUCUCUCUCAACCCUCUAUAUAACCCACCCUUCUCUCUGUUUCUGCAACAGUAACAACACAAGCAAGCCACACCAACAUCAUAGCACUGCCAUUACACAAUACCUCUCUCUACUCCAUGGGCUUCCCUGUAGGCUACACAGAGCUUCUUCUCCCUAAAAUACUAAUCCACACUCUUUCUUUUCUGGGUUUCAUUCGCAAGCUCAUAAGCACUCUCUUUCGCUAUCUGGGUCUCCCUGAUUUCCUUGAACCUGACAUUUCUUGGCCCGAAACACCUCCACGGAUCCCUGAGUUCUACUCCGUCUCUGCCGUCCUCAUACGCGAGAUCCUCCCCGUUGUCAAGUUCACUGACCUUGUCGACCCUCCUGACAGCUGCGCUGUCUGUCUCUACGACUUUGAAGAACAAGAUGAGAUCAGAUGCCUCACCAACUGCCGCCAUAUCUUCCACCGGACCUGCUUGGACCGAUGGGUCGGUUACGACCAGAAAACUUGCCCACUUUGCCGUACACCCGUGAUUCCUGAAGAUAUGCAGGCGGCUUUCAAUGAGAGGCUAUGGGCUGCUUCUGGGAUUCCUGAGUUCUACGGCGAGUAUUCUUAGAUUUUAGAUUCAAUAAUUUCCAACCCAAGAAAAAGAAAAAAGAUAGACAAUUUUACCUUUUUUUUUUCUUGCUUUUUUUUUUUUUCUGAGGUGGGUGAUGUGUGUACAUAAAAAAAAAAAUAAAGAAAAUGGAGAGAGAAAACUUAUGAGAAUUAGAUGAUUUUGUAAAUAUGCUUUUGUAAUUUUUGGUUUUCUUUUUGGCGUAAUA